AUGGGUAGUCUCGGUGCAUCCACAGAUUCGGGAAAACUGCCCGCCUCUCCCGCCUCGAACCAAACACAUCACACAUCUCCUAUUCACGGGAGCUUCACCAACGGUCUGUCCACGUCCCCAACCAAGCCACAGCCACAACUCACCGCCCUCCAACAACAUGUGCUGUUCUGGGACCGUGAUAACGACGGCGUCAUCCACCCUUGGGACGUCUACAAUGGAUUUCGCGACCUGGGGUUCGGGAUUCUCUUUUCCCUGGGGUCGCUCCUCAUACCCUUGUUUUUCUCGUACCCGACCACUCUGGCACAUAGCUGGUUUCCUGAUCCUUGGUUCCGGAUCUUCGUCGGAAGCAUCCACAAAGCAAAACACGGCUCCGACACCGGUAUUUUUGAUGUCGACGGGCAUUUCCACGCCGACAGGUUCGACGCCAUGUUCGACCGCUGGGAUACCUCACGCUGUGGCGGUCUGAGUGCUGACGAGAUGUGGCUCAUGUGGAAGAAGAACCGUCUGGCAGCCGACUUGGCCGGUUGGUGUUUCGGAUUCAUGGAAAUGUGGACGACGUGGCUGCUACUCCAGAGAGAUGGGAGAGUGUGGAAAGAGGAUCUUCGAGGCUGUUAUGAUGGAACCCUGUUUUGGAAGAUAAGUGAGUCAACCCAAAAUAAGCAGUGGAAUCAAGGCUACGGUAUUGGAGAUUUCGUCGAGGGGAUGGUGGAUGGAGGGACGUGGAGGAAUUGGGAAGUCAAGAAACAGCAAAAUGGGCGUAGGGCCGGUUCAACCUGA